GGUAAUCAUAAAUUAUAUUUUUAUGAGAAAGAAAUAGCAAUAGAAAAAAGUAGAAAAAGAGAAUGAUUCUUCAUAACCAACUACAGCAAUAGUAUCUUAGAAGAGUAAGGAUAUCAAAUAAUAUUUUAAAAGAAAUUGUAAGUAAGGAUUUGGAGAAUGAUCUUCUUGAGUACAAAGCGAAGAUGAUUACUCAUAUAGAGAAUAGAGUGUUGUAGUCAUAAAAGAAAUUGGAAGACUCUAUUCGUGAAGAGAUGGAAUAAUUUGAACAACAAAUAUCUAAAACGAUCAAUGAAUUAAGAGAUGAUCAAUUUGACCACAAAGUAAGUUCGAUAAAUCAUUAGGAAAGAUAAAUGGAGAAAGUAUUUAGGUAGGAAUAUAAUGAUAAUUAUAUAGAUAUAAACCAUCUCUUUUAUCAGAGAUGUUGAAACAAUCAGACUAUAAAACUCUUUAUCAUAUGAUGAUGGCUAGCAUGUUUAUUUUAAUGGGAAACUUGUGGAUAUAAGAUUAUAUAGAGAGAGGAAUCAUCUUUGAUAUGGAAACAUUCUUUUGGUGUUUUUAAACUCCAUUAUUAGUGGCUGAAAUUUGGUUUGCUUUAGUAUUAUCCAGCUAUUUGACAGUUUAUUGGGUUACUUAUUGUUAUUAAAAUAAUGUAAAAGCAUUUACAGCCAUCCUUAUAUUCAGUCUUCAUUAAACAAUAAGUAUUUUGGCUGCAUGUUAUAUGACAACAGCAUGGGUGGUAAUUAAAAUAAAUUAAUAUAGAAUGGAUUUGGUUCAAGAAUGAUUGUAAUGUGUGAAGCUGUUAGAAUGAUGAUGAAAAACUAUUCAUAUGCUCGUAAUAAGAUGUUAUAUGGUACAGAAAAUGAAUAUAAAUACUUUAUUCUUCAUUCAUUUGAAAAGAAGGGAAUUACUAAAAAAAAUGCUUUACUUCCAGAUAUAAAUAUUUAAUCUAUUUCCUAAGAACUUAAGAGAUACACUUACUUUUUCUUGGCUCCAACACUCUUAUAUAGAGAUUAUUAUGUGAAAGCUCCAAAUUACUCUAAGAAAAAGGUUGUAAUAGAAUUUGCCAACUUCUUUUUAUGCAUUUAUUAUGGAUUUAUUCUCUUUAGAUCUUUCUGUAAAGAACCAAUAUUAUAAUUAAGGUAAAUUCUUUCUUUAUUUUUAGAGAGAAUUUAACAUUUAUGAAUUUCAUAGUGACACUUUUUAAGUUGAUGAUGCCAUCUACUUUUUCUUUAGUCUUAGUAUUCUUUGGUUUGCUUCACAGUUGGUUUAAUGGAUGGGCAGAAUUAUUGAGAUUUCCAGAUAGAACUUUUUAUCAUGAUUGGUGGACAGCAUCAGAGUUUGGACAAUAUUAUAGGAAAUGGAAUGUUAUUGUUCAUGAAUUUCUUUAUUAUUAUGUCUAUUUAGACAGUGAAAAGUUGAGUUAAGGCAAAAGAAGUAGAUUAUUUAGAUAAUUGAUUACUUUUGGAUGUUCUGCUGUCAUUCAUGAGAUUAUUCUCACUUUUGCUUUAGGUUUCUUCUAUCCCAUAUGUUUCUUUUUAUUCACUGGUCCAGGAAUUCUAUUCAUCUAAGCUAAGGAAGUCUUUAAAAAGGUAUUUUUAUACACUAUUCAAGGGAUGGUUUAACAUUCUUUUUUGGGUAUUAAUGUAUAUAGGAACCUCUGUAAUGAUUACUUUAUAUUUGACAGAAUAUUAUGCUAGAAUUCUCAUUAAUGAUAACUUAAUCGAAUAGAGAUGGGGAAUUAUUCAAUAUCUUAUUCCCAGAACAUUUUAUUUGAUUACAGGAAUUUGAUACGUUUAAUAGUAAAAUUAUUAAAAUUAAUUAAAUA